AUGCACGGCAAGUGUGAGGCUUCCUCCAGUUUGCGAUGGUAUUUGUUGCAAUUUACAAUUCCGUACAAGUUGUGAUUGGCUCGUCGGCUCAGUGUCAUCUCCACCCGAAGGACAAUAACCUAGGGAAGACUGGUGAUGGUCUCCACUUCUUCACAGGGGAAGCAGUAUCCACCCAUCACGGUGAAAGCUAGUCCUCAUCUGCAGUCACGCGCUAUCACAUGUUUCAACCCUACCCAACAACAGCCGUGUUGCUACUUCUUCAAUUCUUGCAAUAAUACAUCCAUGGGUCGCGCAGCGCCAGUUCAUCUCUCGCUACCUGAAGCAGUGGCGACAACAUCACUGCCGAAAUCAUGUGCGCUCUCACCGCUACGUAUCGAUGAUACGAAACCCUUCAGGUUCUUGGAUCUACCAAAGGAAAUACGUCAGAUGAUCUAUGGAGAGCUACGCCCAACUACACAGCGUCAUAAGUUGCACCUGCAAGAGGGCCAAGAUCAUAUGACACUAGUCUGUACAACGAUACCAGGUGUAUCAAUCCUAGCAGCCAACCGACAGAUCUAUGAAGAAGCAGGGUACAUACUGAGCCCGCUCCUCAAGAAGAUCUUAGCAACACCACCGACAGUCACUAUCAGAGCAAACCACCUUCUUGGUCUCGUAAACCUCAACAACUCUUUCGCCAUCUCACGCAUAUUCUGGAGUUGGUUGACCUGUCUCUUGAAACACCGACUGUCCAGCUGCGUGAAAGAUAUCCGCCGUUACCGCGAUGGCACAAUAUCGAGCGCAAAAUUACUUAAACAACUUUACACAAAAGGCUUCACUCGGAAACAUAUCGAUGCAAAGAUGUUGGAGGCUCUGAUUAACUUCCUCCUACGAACGAUCAAAUACGCAGGCACAAAACCAAAACCCAUGUACACAUAUCCCCCUAUCACAGUCGUCGUCGAGGUCCCAGAUGGCUUCAUUGGGCUGCCUGUUGUCACGACGACCUCCAGAGCAAAGAGAUUGGCCUUCAAGAUAAUGUGUCCCCAUAGCCCCACACCACGACGAGUAUUUAGCGGCUAUGGUGAUCUACCCUGGUUGCUCCAUCGAUUGGCUUAUCACGAUUGUAUAGCUGGUCACAACCGCCAAGACGUCUCUUUCAACGUGCGUUUAAGGUUCUUGGGUCCUGACGAAGCGGAGAUUAGACAGCCGUCUUGGCAUCUUUUCUCGGAAGACCAGCUUCAUGUGCAGAUGAUCAAGGGAGUUAGAGCAGCGCGGAGCACGGGGAAAGGACUACUGUAUUACGGGGGUCUAGUGCAGAAUGGGAUCAAUGAAGAGGUUUGACCUGGAUACUGGCAGAUCAGGGCUGGGGUGUUGAUUCGAGCAUAGCCGAACGAGAAGGAACCGGUGUGGAGAUCAGGCGUCUUACGCCGUAUUUAUACAUUGAUCCGUGCAUCGGCCUUUCCUUUCUUGCACUAGAUUACAUGAACAAAGGAUGUACUGCUUGUAGUCUCCGAAAACAUCCCACUUCAACUUUAUAUGCCCAAAGAUACGUCUAUCGAGGAUGAGUGUUCGAUCUCGAAGACCUGGAGGACGGGCAGGAUCAGCAGCGGCGCACCGGGAUGUGU